ACGAGCACCCGACGAUUUACAUUUUUUCUGCAGUCUUGACAACAUGACAACAGCAUUGAGUUGAUCGCAGAAUCGGACCGUUAAAUCUUACGAAAAUGCCAGGCCAGAGGUUAAUGAAUAUUCAUGAUGCGGUGCGCAAUGGCGACACCUUGGAGUUGGAGUCUAUGGUGAAGCGGGGCGCCAGUAUCAACGAAGUCGACUCCAAGAACAAAUUUACUGCCUUGCACUGGGCAUGUCACUGCGGUGCGCUUGAGUGUUUGCACUGGUUGCUGUGGCACGGUGCCGACCUCAAUGUGAAGACUCCACAGGGAUGGACCCCGAUACACAUCGCUGCCAUCCGAGGACAAGACCAAUGCAUCCAGGCAUUGGGUACCAGUGGAGCAAGCAUGAAUUGCCGCGACCAACGCGGUAAUACGCCCGCUCAUCUGGCAGCUGCUCACGGCAAUUCCUACACCCUCAGCUCUAUACUCCGGGCAGGAACGGAUAUUGAAGCUAAGAAUAUGACCGGCUGGACGCCUGUCCAUGUCGCUUCAUACCACGGCAGACUGGGUUGUCUACAGCUACUGGUCAAAUGGGGCGCUAGAACUGACGAUACCGACAGCACUGGCAACAUACCUGCUCACCUUGCCGCCUGUGAGGGUCAUCUCCCGUGCCUCAAGUUUCUGGUCAGUCACGGAGCGAGUAUGUCGGAGACUCUAGGAGCGAGGAAUGAUAACGGAGAGACGCCCAAGACACUGGCCUCGCAGUUCUACAAACAGAACUGUGUGGACUACAUCAACGCAGUGGAAUGGGAGCGAGAUCAUCCUGAAGAUGAAGAGAACUUGGCCUUCCCAGCACACAUCGCAGCGUAUACCGGCGACUUGAGCCAUCUCAAGAUGCUGAUUGAGCAAGGAGUUGUCAACAUCAAUGAACGAGAUGAGAAAGGCUCUACUCCAGCUCAUAAAGCUGCCGGAAACGGUCACCUGGAAUGCCUGCAGUGGCUGGUUGAAAUGGGAGCUAAUAUUCACAUCCAGAACUCGGCAGGAGAAACACCUCUGGAAGUAGCUACUCGCUUUGCUCAGCUAGCCUGCGUCAAACUUCUCAAGGGCGAUGAGUCAGAUUCAGAUGAGGGGCCUGCAGAUUAUGCUGUCACUGAUGAGGAUAAUGAAGAUAAGAUUGCUAGAUUAUCCGCUGACCAUGGGACAGGGGAAGGCGAGUCUAUCCCACUGACUGGCAAACAGAAAGAAGAGGCUAGAGGGCGUGCCUUGAAACGUGUUGAAGAGCUGGAAAGGUUGCUGGGGAUCUCCAAGCAGAAUUAUCACCAGCUGGGAGGACGAUUGGAUGAAGACAGAGAGAGGAGACAAAGGGAUAGGGAGAGCGAUCGUGUCAUCGGUGAGUUGGAAUCCCAGCUUGAGUAUGAACGUCUACGACGUGAGAAACUGGAGUCUCAGCUGGACCAGUGCCGGUCUGAGAUACAGCAUCUCAACGCUCAGUUGGAGAGAGCCUCCACAGUGGGAGUGAGUGAAGAAGAGAGCAAGCCAAAGAAGAAAAUCAAGAAGAAGACCCGACAGUCGGACGGCGGUGUGUUUGUCAAGAGAACUGUCAGCAAACCUGCUGCCAACAAGACUACAGACUUCUUCUGAGCUAGCCUAUCAUGGCAGGAAGGGGGAGGGGAAGGGAGAGACCACCAGUACUGAGAAGGGGAGGGGGCACUGCAUGCCUUCUGACCCUAGGGGGUACCAUUAAAACAUGUUUGUGUACAUUUUUAUCCAAUGAUAGUGCGAGUGGCACACACAAAAUGUGCCUCUGUGUGCCAUAUAACACAAGGUCGAAGGCCAAGUCAUGUUGAUCACAAACGCAUCAUAUUUUUCUUGUUUAA